AUGGAGAAUGCCUCGGGGAAACGUCCACUCAUGACUUCGAUCAAAGCCUCCGUACAACGUCUGGUAUUCCAACCGCACCUCUUCUUCACCGGCAAGCCGUUCGCCCUCAUUCUCAUGGUGUACGGCGGCACGUACCUCUCGGCGAAUUUCUUGGAUACUUUCAAAUCUACGAUCCAGGCCAAACCGGCCGCCACGACGACUUCGGGAACCGCCAAGUUCGCGGCCACGAGUGCGGCCAACUUGUCCCUGACCAUGUUCAAGGACUCGCACUUCACCAAGAUGUUCGGCACCGUCUCCGCACGCCCAGUCCCGCCGGCCACGUACCUCCUCUUCGCCAUUCGAGACUCCAUGACCAUCUUCGCCAGCUUCAACCUCCCGCCCAUGGUCGCGCCCAUUCUCCCGCUCCCAGGAGCUGCGGAAAAGUACGUGAGUCGCGCGUCGACGGCGCAAUUCUUGGCCCCAGCAGCUAUUCAGCUCCUCUCCACCCCUUUCCACCUCUACGGACUGGACCUAUACAACCGCAAUGGCGGGACACCAUUCAGCGAUCGUCUACGCAAAGUACGCGUAGACUGGUUGAAGAGCAGUCUUGCUCGCAUGUGCCGCAUCGUGCCUGCCUUUGGCUUUGGCGGCGUGGUGAACAACACAUUGAGAUCGAAGCUCCAGAAACAGCUGGAGUAA